AGAGUUACACAUAUUCAGCAUACAUGGCAGCGGGCCCAUAUUAAACUGUGGGGCUGCCCUAGGUCUGCGCACUCUCCAUUCAGGGUCCGGCUAGGAUAGACACUCCGUCCGCUGCAAGGGAUUUUCCUUCGUUGAACCGUCCGAUCUGAGAGGAGAGGCCGUAGAAGCUACCAUCGCAGCGCCACCUUCCGCUUACUGAGGAAAGUGCAGCAGCGUACAAACAGUCACCAUGCCGAAACAGCCCGCGGCAAAGAAGGAAGAUGAAAAGAACCCGUUCGAGGGUGUGGACGUGAAGGACCCGAUCGUGGUCCGGGCCGCCACGCGCAUCCAGGCGGCCUUCCGGUCACACAAGUCCCGCAAGGAGCUCAUGGAGAAGUCCCUGCCCAGCUUCACACAGGAGCUGAAGGACAUGUUCGGGUACGAGGGCAGCGCCACCAGCUUCUUCUGCCGCGUGUGGGGCAUCCCCGACCCCGUCAUCACGUGGUACAAGGACGGAGAGCUCAUCAAGGAGGGACCCAAAUAUCAGAUCGGAUUCGACAGCAAGGACGGCACGACGCUGACGAUCCAGAACGUGGACCGGGAGGACGUGGGGCAGUACACCUGCAAAGCCAACAACAGCCACGGGGAGGCGUUCGACUCCGCACGGCUCAUCGUCGAUAUUCCAGCCAAGGUCACGAAGCCGCCAGAGAACGUCACGGCUAAGAAGGGAGAUACCAUCACCAUGCGGGUGGAGAUCGAGGGUGACCCGGAAGCUGACGUCAUCUGGAAGCAUAAGAAGAAGGAGAUCAACGAGGGCGGACGUUACAGCUACGAGGACACGGACACGUACUCCAUCCUAAGGAUCCAAAAUGCAACAGAAGAAGACGCGGGAAAAUACGAGAUCGAGGUCGAGAACGACAUGGGCAAGGAUAGGACCUUCUGCGCAGUCUCUGUCAAGUAACCACGUGACGGUAACGUCAUGUCCGGUGGAGAGGGGACGUCACAUCCGCUGCACCCAGACAUAGACUUAGAGCGGUACAGAGAGUAGAAGACGGGUGUCAAUCAAAGAUUUCAAAAUAACUGUCAAAAAUAAGAAAUACAAACAGUGUCAGAAGGACGGUUGCUGUACAUGCCAAGACAAUGUAAAGAGAAAAAAAUAAACAAACUUUCAAUUCAUGUAUUGUCGUAUUAAAGCCACAUGUAACACCGCAAAUUGUGCCUUUUAUAGAGUUAAGAGUUUAUGUAAAUCGAUAAAGAGUGCUUCGAAAUCGUUGUAUUGGAACCAAAACACUGUCAUGGAUGUUGAAAUCUCGCUGAGAUCAAAACAUUGCAGCUAUUCUCGGUCUACAAAACGUUGCUUUAUUUUGUAAAAAGGAAAAAAAAAUCAACUAUUUGUAGAGUGGUUUCCCAUCGACACUCCUGCGGAAUUUGGUCUCCGCUCUGUUUCACACCAGAUUGCCAUGUUGGUAGUUCCAAUCCAACGAUUCAUGGAAAUACUAGACUUUUGGACAUUCUAGAAAUAAUUUAAAAAUGACAAACACCUUUCGCUGAAGGGCUACGAUCAUUGAUAUGUCAGUAUUUAAACCAGCACACAUAUCGCGAAGCACUCGGCUAGAUAGCUUAUUGUCUUUACUUGCUUUAGUGUUUGUAUCGGUGGGUGACUCCGAAAAUAUGGCGCGUUUUGCGUCACGUCCUGUUUCGUGAUGUCACAUCCUGUUCAGUGACGUUACGUCCGGUUAUGUGACGUUUCGUUUGGUGACGGUUCGUGAAAUGACAAACCGUAAAAAAGAUUUUUUUCAAAAGAGCCACGUUUACGGAAUCCCCGCCUUUCCCGCUUUUUCGAAGCUUAGCGCGCUGAUAAAUUUGGUAUUAGUAAAGUAUAAAGUAUGGCAAUGUAUCUACGAAAAACAAAGGUCUGUGGACCUAAGAACUAUCCAUGGGACCCAAAUAUCCCCAUAUUAUUCUGAAGACCCUUUUUUGUACAUUUGUGUGUCAUGUUUUAGCCCCCCUCCCCCUAGAUAGAACAUGGUUGCGUCCGUGUGGAGAGAAUUGAAUGGUUUUGUUAACUAAACUGGAUGGUUUCGAUAACUAAACUGGGUUGCUAUGUUACGCCGUAGUUAUCUGGCCAGAUAACGCGUGUGAUUUCAUUAAACUUUUGUUAACUAA